AUGGACACCGCCCCGACCCAAUCAGCACAGCAGGACAGGGGCAGGAGGGAGGGACCUGCCCAGCAGGGGAAAAAGGCUUUUCACAGUGGGGUAGUCCAGGAUAUUCCCAGGACAUCCCCAGGAGAACCCCAGGACAUCCCCAGAAGAACCCCAGGACAUCUCCAGGAGAACCCCAGGACAUCCCCAGGAGAACCCCAGGACAUCUCCAGGAGAGGCCCAGGACAUCCCCAGGAGAACCCCAGGACAUCUCCAGGAGAGGCCCAGGACAUCCCCAGGAGAACCCCAGGACAUCUCCAGGAGAACCCCAGGACAUUCCCAGGAGAACCCCAGGACAUCUCCAGGAGAGGCCCAGGACAUCCCCAGGAGAACCCCAGGACAUCUCCAGGAGAAGCCCAGGAGAACACCAGGACAUCUCCAGGAGAGGCCCAGGACAUCCCCAGCAGAGGCCCAGGAGAACCCCAGGACAUCCCCAGGAGAACCCCAGGACAUCCCCAGGAGAACCCUAGGACAUCCCCAGGAGAACCCCAGAACAUCCUCAGGAGAACCCCAGGACAUCCCCAGGAGAACCCUAGGACAUCCCCAGGAGAACCCCAGGACAUCCUCAGGAGAACCCCAGGACAUCCCCAGGAGAACCCUAGGACAUCCCCAGGAGAGAAGAACCCCAGGACAUCCCCAGGAGAACCCCAGGACAUCCCCAGGAGAACCCCAGGACAUCCUCAGGAGAACCCUAGGACAUCCCCAGGAGAGCCCCAGGACAUCCCCAGGAGAACCCCAGGACAUCCCCAGAAGAACCCCAGGACAUCCCCAGGAGAACCCCAGGACAUCCCCAGGAGAACCCUAGGACAUCCCCAGGAGAACCCCAGGACAUCCUCAGGAGAACCCCAGGACAUCCCCAGGAGAACCCCAGGACAUCCCCAGGAGAACCCUAGGACAUCCCCAGGAGAACCCCAGGACAUCCCCAGGAGAACCCCAGGACAUCUCCAGGAGAACCCCAGGACAUCCCCAGGAGAACCCCAGGACAUCUCCAGGAGAGGCCCAGGACAUCCCCAGGAGAACCCCAGGACAUCUCCAGGAGAGGCCCAGGACAUCCCCAGGAGAACCCCAGGACAUCUCCAGGAGAACCCCAGGACAUCCCCAGGAGAACCCCAGGACAUCUCCAGGAGAGGCCCAGGACAUCCCCAGGAGAACCCCAGGACAUCUCCAGGAGAGGCCCAGGAGAACACCAGGACAUCUCCAGGAGAGGCCCAGGACAUCCCCAGCAGAGGCCCAGGAGAACCCCAGGACAUCCCCAGGAGAACCCCAGGACAUCCCCAGGAGAACCCCAGAACAUCCUCAGGAGAACCCCAGGACAUCCCCAGGAGAACCCUAGGACAUCCCCAGGAGAACCCCAGGACAUCCUCAGGAGAACCCCAGGACAUCCCCAGGAGAACCCUAGGACAUCCCCAGGAGAGGCCCAGGACAUCCCCAGGAGAGGGCCAGGACAUCCCCAGGAGAGAGAACCCUAGGACAUCCCCAGAAGAACCCCAGGACAUCCCCAGGAGAACCCUAGGACAUCCCCAGGAGAACCCUAGGACAUCCCCAGAAGAACCCCAGGACAUCCCCAGGAGAACCCUAGGACAUCCCCAGGAGAACCCUAGGACAUCCCCAGGAGAACCCCAGGACAUCCUCAGGAGAACCCCAGGACAUCCCCAGGAGAACCCCAGGACAUCCCCAGGAGAACCCAGGACAUCCCCAGGAGAACCCCAGGACAUCCUCAGGAGAACCCCAGGACAUCCCCAGGAGAGGCCCAGGACACCCCCAGGAGAGGGCCAGGACAUCCCCAGUAGAGCCCCAGGACAUCCCCAGGAGAACCCCAGGACAUCCCCAGCAGAGGCCCAGGAGAACCCCAAUACAUCCCCAGAAGAACCCCAGGACAUCCCCAGGAGAGGCCCAGGAGUGUGA